GAGUUAGUUGAAUGAAUUUCCCCAAAUACAGGUUACUACUUAUAAAUGAUCCCCUCUUUAGAUGAGUUAAUAAGUAAUUCACGUGGAUGCUCUAAGAAGUAAGAGCCUCCAUUUUUUUGAAAGUGGUAAUUGUGUGUUGAACUUGAAGGCCACUUCUUCAUCUCAUCAAUGGCUACAAGUAAAGCGAGAAUGGUUUGCUGCGUAGGCGACAUCCACGGUUACAUAAGAAAACUGCAAAACUUGUGGUCUAACCUCGAAAAAGCACUACCCCCCUCUGAUUUCCAAUCUGCCCUAAUUAUAUUCCUGGGCGAUUACUGCGACAGAGGCCCUAAUACUAAGGAAGUCAUCGAUUUCUUGAUUUCACUCCCCUCAAACUACCCUAAUCAACGUCAUAUCUUCCUCUGCGGCAACCAUGACCUCGCAUUCGCUGCUUUCCUGGGGCUUCUCCCUAGCCCCGUCGACGGCUCCGAUUUCUCUGCGACGUGGGAGGAGUACGCCAUGAAUGAGGAGAGAGAGAGGUGGUACAAGGGUGAAGGCUACGAGAAUAUGCAUUUGCAGGGAAGAAGGUGGGCAGGCAGGAUGAUUGGCUUUAAUCGCGCCAAGAACACUGAUUAUCAGGGCUCCAUUUACGAUGCCGCCCCUACUUUCCAAUCCUAUGGGGUUCCGCAUGGAUCUGCAGAGUUGAGGAAGGCAGUUCCAGACGAGCACAAGAAAUUUCUUGCAGAUUUGGUUUGGGUUCAUGAAGAGGAUAAUGUAAGUAUAGAGACAGAAAAAGGAGUGCAGAACUGUAAACUGAUAGCUGUACAUGCUGGUUUGGAGAAAGGUAAAGGGGUCAAAGAGCAGCUAAAUUAUCUGAGAGCCAAGGAUACGAGGAUCCCUAAAGUCGAACCUCUUAGUGGAAGAAAGGACGUCUGGGACAUCCCAGAGGAAUUGAGGGGAACUCCAACUAUUGUGGUGAGUGGUCACCAUGGAAAGGUCCAUAUUGAAGAGUUGAGGUUAAUAAUUGAUCAGGGAGGUGGCAUUGAGAGUAACCCAGUGGCUGCUAUUGUGUUCCCAUCGAAGACCCUCGUGCUCGACACUGGCGAUAUAGUCUCUGAUUCUCGAUGAGCUCUCGAAGCUGAUUGAGAAUCUGAUACUAUUUUUGUCAAUUGACUGGGGUCGAGAACCAGUUUCUUGGAUGGGAUUCAGGGGUUUGAGGUUUGCUUUAUAAGCUCAAAAAUAUCUUGCAAGUUAUAUAGUAUUUUGUUUUGAAGAGCUUGUUAUAGACUCAUUUAUACACCAUCUGCAAGAAUUCAUAAUUUCGAUGGUAUGCAUUGCUGCUAAUAAUAUUAGUGUGGAUAUGUUCACAUCUCCUACCAGGAAAUCGAGCUAGCAAUAAAAGAAUCAGACUUGCGAACAGUGAAA